GGUAGAUUGAAUACCGGCAGACCGGAUCUUAAGGUAGGACGAGCCCCGAGCAAAACAGGAGGCGGACCGGGACCGGCUAGUAGCGUUCAAUACUUUGAUGAUCAACGGCAAUGCCGCUUCGAGUGGUAGUCCCUUAUUCCAUCAUGAAGCCGCAGUAUUCCACCUUCAUGAUAUGUUGACACCGCAUUAUCUCUUUACAUGUCUUUGUCGCUUUCUUGAUACCCUUCGCCUUGCACAUAUAUGAAUUAGAUCCUCGACCUCGACCUCGACCGAGAUGCCCGACCUCACCAAUUCCUCCUCCCCCACCACACCCUCAUGGUCCGUCCAAACCUCCACAGAGGAAAACGACGAAGUCCCCCAAUUGCCCCCCUUCUACUCCCCUCGACCCAUCCCCGUCUCGCGCGCAAUCUCUGAACUCGACCUCAAUUCUCUCUCCCUCACCCACCCCUCACUCGCCGCCCACGCCCACACCCACACCCACGAGCGAUCACCAACCCCGCAGCGGGACUCAGACGAUGCCGACACAGAGCCUGAAGGCGACGGCUCCCUCCCAGGUCUCGUCUCCCCCGCCUUCACACCCCCCUCAACACCAGGGACAGGCACGCAGACGCCCUCACGAGCCUCGCUCCAUCCCCCGCAUGCGCAGCAGCACCUCCCUAAAUCCGUGCCCGUCGACAGCACGACCGCGGACGGCGGGUGCGGCCAGAAGAAGCCGAAACUGCUGGACAAGCUGCCGGAUGUGAAUUGCGUGGUGAGGGCGCGGAUCCCGACCACGAUCGGCGGGACGGGAACGGAGAUGUUCCUGCAUUUGUAUCAGAAUAGCGAGGAUAGUAAGGAGCAUUUGGCAAUUGUGUUUGGGAACUCGAUUCGGAGCACGAGUUUGGAUCGCGUGAGGGAGGGGGAGACGGAGAUGGAUAGGUUGAUUAGGGGGGCGUACACGGGGCGUUUGUAUCCGGGACGGACGACGAGUAGUAUGGCGGAAGGGGGGGAUUCUGGGAAGGCGGCGGAUGAUGAGAAGAGGGAACCGCCGUUGGUGAGGAUUCAUAGCGAGUGUUAUACCGGAGAGACGGUGUGGUCUGCGCGCUGCGAUUGUGGAGAGCAGCUGGAUGAAGCGGCGAGGCUGAUGUCUAUGCCUGGGUCUGGGGGAGGUGUGAUUAUUUACUUGCGGCAGGAAGGGCGGGGCAUUGGUCUGGGGGAGAAGUUGAAGGCGUAUAAUCUUCAGGAUCUAGGAUCGGAUACAGUAGAAGCGAAUCUGUUACUCAGACAUCCUGCAGAUGCGAGGAGUUAUGGGUUGGCGACAGCGAUGCUGGUGGAUCUCGGGGUGAAGGAUGUGAGAUUAUUGACGAAUAAUCCGGAUAAGGUACGGGCUGUAGAGGGGCCUGGGAGGGAAGUUGUGGUUAGGGAAAGGGUUGCUAUGAUUCCACUUGCUUGGAGGGGUUCCAAGGGCGGUAUCAGGAGUCAAGAGGUGGGGGGUUAUUUGAAGACGAAGAUCGAGAAAAUGGGCCAUAUGUUACAAAUGGGCGAGGGCUCAUGAAAGUUAACAAAAACAUGUUUUGAUAGAACGAAUUGGGGGCGGAUCCUUUCUGUAAAAAGUUUCUGAGUGGAGUCAAGGUAGAACAUUAUGAGUCGUUGAGGAAACGAGCUACUGGUUCACUACGGUGACAGACGAUUCGAGGAGUUGGAUCCGUCGGUUGUGAUCUCUGCCCCAGUAAGCUGGGGGGGUUACGUCUCUGCUAGAGCAGGACCUACAUGACUGUUAUGAUGAUAUGUAGAUCAUGUUUUGUCACAUCUACUGGCAUAUUUAAGGAGGCCCUGCCUCGAUUCAUGUCAUGGCAACCCUCUAGCUCUACCACUUGUUCAAUCGCUCAUGUCUUGUAAGGUCAUCUACCAAUAAGGCCCUUCAACUUUUACGCUUUGGAGGAAAUUCUCAGUGAUCUCUCUCGGAACUGUGGCGCAGUAAUCAAUUGUUCCGGGGUUGCAGUCCAAGCAGUCAAUUCAAUUCAGUUUGCGACAAGAAGAUGCAACGAAUGAAUCUUUGCGACACUUAUCUUGCCGGAAACUGCUCCCAUGAUAUGAUUGAGGUCAGCUUCGGCCAAUUGGUCCUUCAUGGUUCCCAAGGUACAGUACAGGAGCUUGCACCAUGUCCAUGAAGUCGAUGGCCAUCACCCGAUCCCUCAUCACAAGAGAAUCGGUUGUUCAAUGCAACUGUACCCACCGUGAAGUGUGUCCAGCCGAUACCAAAGCCUCUCGCCACAAUUUCCUUCCCUUCUUUCCGUCUUCAACCAACUCAUACGGACUGUGCGAUCUUAACCUCAACCACAGACCUCCUCACACCAUCCGACUCCUCCCUAAUCUGCUCCACAGUACACCCAUGCCCGCGCACAAUAUCACAAAAAUCCUCCAUCGACCCCCCCACACCAAAAUAAACCUUCUUCGCAGCAACCAACGCCGUCCUCUCCUCAUCCGGCAUACUCCCCAAAAGACCAACCAGAGUCUCCGCAAAGGACUUCAAUGCUACAGGCGAGUAGAUGGUCUCCGCUCCGAUGAUGGUGAGUCGCGAUGUACGUGAAUCCAUGUUGGUCUUUACGAGGUUGACGAACUCUUGACUCCAUGCUCCGGAGAAGAAUGAGAGUUUGACUUGGCGGGAUUGGAGAGAGGAGAGGAAGUCUUGGAUGGUUUGCUCGUCGAGAUCGAGCUCGCCUUCGGGUUGCCAUGAUUCUUGGCGAGUGGUUUGGGCCCAGGAUAGGAGGAUGUUGGGGAGUGUGACGAGUUGGAGGACGGUGGGGUUGUAGUCUGCGAGGCCGAGGUGUGAUGGUUCGGUUGAGAUGGGGUUUUGUAACAGCCAUUGGAAGACGGCUAGAGAGGGGAGGGCGGUGCCGCAUCCGAGCUGUUUGAGGUGUCAGUAUUGUUUGUUAUAGAUCCGAAGACGCAUGAAGAAACUUGUAUGGCUAUGUCAGACACGGGGUCUGAACUGCCAGCACUACAGAUGAAGAAAACACAUGGGAACCGUAACUUCGCUUGAGCUUCAGUACCAGCAAUAUAAACACAUACCUCUAAAAUCUUCCCCGAGAAAU